AUGGACUCUGAGACGACAAAGCGAGGACCUGGUCGGCCUAAGAACACCACUACCAAUACGGAGGCCUGGAUGAUCCAGAAUAGCUCAGAGUAUAACUCUGCGAGAAAGUCGAAUGCCUCCCAAAGCGCUAUCACGGCAAUUGUACAGAGAUACUCCGUUCGCUUCAUUGCCCACUGGGGAUGGGAACACCCGCUUCGCGCCUUGCACCCGUUGAGCUCACAGCCUACGGACGAAGAAGUCAAUGCGGUCGCCUCUGAAGUACUCGGCACGGAGUCAACGGGCUCCCAAGGUGUGGGUCAAGAAGGAAGGAGAAAGGUCUCUCGAGAUGACACUGUUAAGAAAGAAAUCCUGAAGGUUUGGCGCACAAACUACGACAAUGUACACGGGUCUGGUAAAGUCAGCAAGAGUUCGAAGUCAAAUGUCGACCUCGCUUCCAUCAUGAAGCAUCUGUCUCCGAAGCCGAAGCAGCGACAGGCUUACAUUGUCUGGGCUACCCAGCUACAGUCUCGCCAUGAGCUCGAAACCGCUGUCGAUCAGCGUCACCUAUCCGCCACACAGAUGGCAGUCCAGUCUGGACUUCAGCAGCCACCUCGUGGCGCAUCGUGGAAUAUAGUGGCAGCUGAAUGGUAUCGGAUAUGCAGCGAAGACGAGAAGGAGAGGACACGGAAGCAGGUACAGCUCAUGUACGAGCAGGAAGUGGCGGAAUGGGAGGCUCAGAUUACAACGGCUCCCAGAACCCCUGCAGAAGCUAUCGAGAAUAUGUCAAAGCUCACUCCUCUAUUGGAAGAGAUUGCACGACUCGUAGCAGAAGCAACUUCAGGAAUUGCUGUGACGUUUGUGGCGGGGCCGCAAGACGCAACCCUACUUACAGAAGCUGUAUGUAAGAUACCAGGUCAGCCUGAGUUGCUAUACUCUAUGGCGAAUCCCAGCGGAUGCGAGCUCUUCCGGCGGGAGAUUGCGAUACAGGCGCGCAUACAAAAUGAUAACAAGUGGAAUUCGCUGCCAAGACCCCAGCAUGAUCACCAAUCUUCCUCGAUCGAUGCACCCGAGAUUUUGAUGGCUGCGACCACUACCCCUCCUCUUAUACCAUUGCAUACACGACCUCAGUCCGAUGCUACAAGCUCGUUGACUCAGGCAUGGCCAGAACCCGGUGUGGAUGAAGAUACCAUGAUGACAUACGGCUUUGAGGAGAUGAGCGCAACGAACGGGCGUACUAUCGGCGGAGCCAGCCAGAAAGAUCGGCGCAAUAAUGUUGUAUCGUCCAUCGACCCUGCUGAGCCCUCGAUGGCUGCGGCUGUUGCCCCCCCUCUUGUACCGACGCAUACACAGCUCCAAGUCGACGGUACACGCUUUGCCUCUCACAUGUGGCCGAGACCCAAUGUAGGUGAAGAUAACAUGAUGACAUACGGCUUUGAGGAGAUGAGCGCAAUGAACGGGCGUACUAUCGGCGAAGCCAGCAAGGGAGAUCGGCGCGAUGAUGUUUUAUCAUCCAUCGACGCCACUGAGCGCUCAAUGGCAGCAAUUGCUCUCCCUCCUCUUGUGCCGUUACAUACACGACCUCAGUCCAAUGCUACACGCUCGUUGACUCAGGCAUGGCCAGAACCCGGUGUGGAUGAAGAUACCAUGAUGACAUACGGCUUUGAGGAGAUGAGCGCAACGAACGGGCGUACUAUCGGCGGCGCCAGCCAGAAAGAUCGGCGCAAUGAUGUUGUAUCGUCCAUCGACGCCGCUGAGCCCUCGAUGGCUGCGGCUGUUGCCCCCCCUCUUGUACCGGUGCAUACGCGGCCUCAGGCUGGGGGUAAACGCGUGGCCAGGUCAAGUUCCUGUACACGUGAUGACAGCCUGGUGGCAUGCGGUUCUGGAGAGAAUGGCCCCACAGAGAGUGAAUAUACCACGAAGAGCGGUAGCGCGCUCAGUAACACGAGCGGAUGGGACCUUUGGUCUAUCUCAGGAUCACGUGUAUCCACCCUUCCACGGCGGCAACUUUUCCAGUUUGACUCAGCUUCAUUACACACUCUUGAUACCAUCGGCGAAGAGAGCCCUGAUCAGUUGCGCAUUGGCGAUUCCCAAUUGGCUAGUUUCGUUCAGGACAAUGGCAUGCUAUUACUGCAGGACCUGCGCCACGAUGAACCUACUCCCAGCAUUGCUCAGGAGCAACAUCAUUCUACGCGUCGGCAACCCAUGCCGUUUAUUGCAACGGCACGAACCGAAGACGUGCGUACCGCUGAUUGGCGGAAGUCUCUCAACGCGAUGGCCCAUAAUGCGGAACCAAUGACCCCGGGUACAGCGCUGAUAAGCAGUAACGAAGAAUCGUCGAGGCCAACACCGAUAGUGUUGCUUGCGCCGACGAGUGUCUUCGCCUUUGGCGUGAUGACUCGUGAGCCCGAGAGCCAGGAAGAAGCAUGCAGUGACUUCUCGUCCAACCUAACUCGAGCAAUCGCUAGUAUCUCGGGGACGAAGGCUUGGUUCACCGAAUUAGGCAUGGAUAGGUGGAUACGAUCUGCUACAAGCAAACUCGAGGGAUCCGGACUAAAUGACUCACUUGUGCGCCGAUUGAUCAUGGAUUAUGUCAAAUUCGAAGGGAGCCGCAUGAGAGAGUUACCGUUAGAGAUGCGCAAGUGGAUGGGACAGACAGAGGCUCUUCCACGGUACAUGGCUGAGGUGCCGCCGCGGCAGGUCUCAAAGCGCACAGCUAUGAGGUGGCAUUCUCGUUCCCUGCGAGAGAAGGCUCGUACGCCGACGUCUCUAGACCACGAUAUAGCUGUCACCUUGCCCAGACAGUGGGCUCUACUGCAGCCCCAGGCGCGUCUCGACGCUCGAGGGCGCAUAUGUAUCCCGGCCAGCCUUGAGAUGGAUUGGCGCGAGAUGCUUGCCCCAGGUAUUGAUGGUGUGCGAGUUCUUAUCGUGACGGUACUCCAAUGGGCAGCAAACAUUCAGGGUGACGACGAGCAAAAGGAAUGGGAGCAGCUUGCGACUGACAUAUGCCACGUUCUUGGCAUCUUGAUCAGGCAGGCUCCAGGGUCUAAAUCACCUUCCGCACCCGGUAUCGAGACGCACGGCCGUCCAGAACCAUCCGAGUCUGCAAAGCCCAAGCGCACGAGAGUGAAGACGGCGAAGGUCAUCGAAAUGGAGUCCCGCUCAUGA